GGCGGUCUCUGCUCACCCCCAACCCUUGCCUAAUUAGGAAGACCCUGCUACAUCCUGCACUCCACUGGGCUCUUCUUCAGCUGCAAGCUUUUUAAAAUGGGGGGAACAAAACCCUAAAGCUCCCAGCACUGAUAGGCCAAGCCAGAGAGGACUCGGGAGGCAAAAAGAGCUGCUGGCAAGCGGUGGAGACUCUUUCUUGUCAAACUCUUACUCACUUCUUCCAUCUUUUUUUUUUCCUUGACUGUGAAUCUGCCUUUCUGCUGUUGCUAAGGAAAGUAAGCUAAAGAGGAACAGCGCGGCUUUCCUGUAGUUGCCAAGGUUGGCAGACGGAAGGCAUGGCGCGGGAAGCCAAAGACGAGGAAGGUGCCGUGGGCGCUGCGGACCCCGAGGACGACUCGCCUAACGCGAUUGUCUUCAGAAAGAUUGAAGACAUAAUUUACCGCCUACAGGAUGAGAAGACAGGAGGAGUUCCUAUCCGCACAGUGAAGAGUUUUCUCUCCAAGAUUCCCAGUGUAGUCACAGGUGCAGAGAUUAUUCAGUGGCUGAUGAAAAAUUUAAACAUUGAAGAUCCAGGUGAAGCAGUCCAUUUAGGUAGCCUCAUUGCAGCUCACGGCUAUCUCUUCCCAAUAUCUGACCACGUGCUGAUGCUGAAGGAUGAUGGAACUUUUUACCGCUUCCAGGCUCCCUAUUUUUGGGCUUCAAAUUGCUGGGAUCCUGAGAACACAGACUAUGCGAUCUAUCUCUGUAAGCGGACUAUGCAGAACAAAGCCAGGCUUGAACUUGCAGAUUAUGAAGCUGAAAAUCUUGCAAGACUCCAAAGGGCCUUUGCACGAAAAUGGGAAUUUAUCUUCAUGCAGGCAGAGGCGCAGGUCAAGAUUGACAGAAAGAAGGACAAAACAGAGAGAAAAAUCCUGGAUAGCCAAGAAAGAGCAUUCUGGGAUGUACAUCGGCCUGUUCCUGGAUGUGUAAAUACAACAGAAAUGGACAUCCGCAAGUGCCGAAGGAUGAAGAAUCCACAGAUGGUCAAGAAGUCAGUGUAUGGAGUGACAGAUGAAUCACAGUCUCACAGUCCAGUGCACACACCGGCCCAGCCCAUUCGGAAGACAACCAAAGACGAUGUUCGAAAACAGAUCACUUUCCUAAACAUCCAGCUUGACAGACACUGCAUGAAAAUGUCUAAGGUAGCAGAAAGUUUGAUGAGCUACACAGAACAGUUCCUAGAAUAUGACCCCUUUGUGACUGUACCCGAACCCUCCAAUCCAUGGAUUUCUGACGACACCACAUUCUGGGACCUGGAUUCCAGCAAGGAUCCAAGCCAGCAGCGAGUGAAGAGGUGGAGCUUUUCCUUCAAUGAAGUUCUUAUGGAUUCCAUGGGACGAGACCUCUUUCUCAAGUUCCUAGAGUCGGAGUUCAGUUCAGAAAACCUCAGGUUUUGGCUGGCUGUACAAGAUUUGAAGCAGCGUCCUUUGCAGGCUGUCCCAGAUCGAGUCUUAGAAAUCUGGCAAGAGUUUUUGGCUCCAGGUGCUCCCAGUUCUAUUAAUUUGGACUCUCAUACAUUUGAAAAAACAAGUCAAAAUGUAAAAGACCCAGGAAGAUAUACCUUUGAGGAUGCACAGGAGCACAUCUACAAGCUGAUGAAAAGUGAUAGCUAUACCCGCUUCCUGCGCUCAAAUGUCUACCAGGAUUUACUGCUGUUAAAAAAGAAGCCUGAGAAUGAACAGGGACGGCGUACAUCAUUAGAGAAGUUCACCCGCAGUGUGGGCAAAUCCUUGACAAGCAAGCGCUUGACAGGACUGAUGCAGUCAUCCUGAGAAAGCAGUCAUGCCACACGUCUACAGAGAGGUCCUGCCUAGAACGUUCCCCUUCAGAGAGAGUCCGUGUCAUCAAGCCAGGCCCGUGGAUGAGCUGAACUUGUGCAAGAGGACCAGUUUGCAUUGAAUCUGCCGGCCUCCCGUACAGACUUCAUAUGAUCCCUGGAGAAUGUUAAGGAACAGGGCCACAAACUAGAAGGUUUAUCCCAGGCGGCCCUUUCCACGCAAUACUAUUUUAGCUGCACGUAGCUGAAAUCCUAGCAAAAUAUCAUAGUGUUUAUAGUCCCAAAUAUACUUAAAAAUAAAAUUUAAAAAAGCAUGUGACUGGUAAAACUUGAAGUUGAACGGACACAAAUGCCCCUGUUGCUCUUAGGCAGUUUCAUAAUGCUUCCAAAUGGACUGCUUCUUAUAUACCUGCAGAGAAAACAAAUAAAAGGUGUGAGGUGAAGCACAGGGGCACACCGGUGUCGCUGGAGUUUUUCUAAAACAAACAUUUUAUACAGAUCUCGAGGACUGUUCUGAGCACUGCAGAAGAGUGUAGUGCAAUCAAAAAUAAAAAUAAAAAUACACACAACUG